AUGCCCGACACCAACGACACUCCAUUACGGCCCUAUCGAUCACACAAGAUCCCCGCCUGUGACUUUUGUCGAAGACGGAAAAGCCGAUGUACACAGGACUUGGUGGACCAGCCAUGUCUGCUGUGUCGCAUGCACGGGGCUGCAUGUUCCACCGCCAAACGUGGUGUUGAUGCGAGUCCUCGUGCUCAAACACCGACGGCGAGUAAUAGUACCAAGAGACGGCGUGUAAACGACAAAGGGUCGCAAAAUACCGAUGGGCGCCAGAGAAGGUCAUCGAGAACUGCUGCAGCUCGGCAUUCUCCUGUUGUUGAAGAGCAGCAGUCGAGACCUGCACGGCGGCUUUCUGCUGUUGCCGCUAAUGAUACAAACAAUCAGUCUAGCCACAUUAUCGGGCCAGCCAUGGCUCGUGAUGCUCAAGUCCUCCAGCGAUAUAUGUCGCCGGCCUAUGAUACAGCAGUUUCCUAUGCUCGCCCAAACCCAUAUAGCGUGUACUCACACGAUCCACGAGACCCUGUGGUGUACAUGAAAGUUCCUCGUCAUCGUAACAUUGUGCCUUCUGGGAACGGGACCGCUGGCUUCAAGCAGUUUGAAUCAAUGGAAAAAAUAAUCGAGCCGUUGGGGCCAGAGCUUUUCCAUGUUUAUUUUGAAAACAUCCAUCCUCCAUUUCCAAUCUUGGAUGAAAAUACAGUUCUUGAGGCUUAUCGUCAAGACGGUCUCCCCCAUUCUCUUGUGUGUGAAAUAUACGCCGUCUCCCUCAUUCUGUGGAAAACGUCGAGGAAAAUCGCCAGCAGUGGUCGUCCAACUCCAGACAUUAGGUAUAUGUGGAAUCUAGCCGUCAGUGCUAUGAACGACGAUUUCUCGGCACCGGAUUUUUCUACUGUCUUGGCCUGUAUUCUAGAUCUUCUUGGACGGCCGAUUACUUCUAUCACGUACAACGCGGUAAACAUCGGCCGAGUUGUUGCUCUAGCCCAAAGCUUAGGGCUGAAUCGAAAUCCACUUAAAUGGGACCUUGACUUUAGGCAAAAGAGUCUACGUAUUCGUACUUGGUGGGGGAUUCUGAUCCAUGAUCAGUGGGCGAGUCUAUCGCAUGGGACUCCGCCUCAUAUCCAUCGGUCUCAGUGGGACGUUCCACUGCCUGACUCAGACUCUUUGCUGAUAAACGGUGCUUCUACGGGUGGCUUUAUAGCAAAUGAUCGAGCCCAAGGUGGCCGCUGUUUUAUCGCUCUGUGUCAAUUGACCGUCGUUCUAGGAGGCAUUUUGUCUUUGCUAUACACAGUUGAAGAUCAAACUAGGGAACAGGCAUUUAGAGCUUUGAGAAGACACGAAACAGCACUUGACCAGUGGGAGGAGGGCCUGCCUCAUUGGCUUUGCCCUGGUAGUCUAUCGUAUAAUAGAAAGACUGCUGGAGCCUUGAACCUGCAACUUUGCUACCUGGUUGUGCGAAUGUGUCUGUGGAGAAUAGGGCUUCUUGAACUCCAUCGGUCAGACGAUGCCGACAUAAAGAAAGACAAAUUAUACUACCAGGCAAGAUGCCGAAAGGCUGCCCGGGCGGUAAUUGACUUUAUUACUUUGUUGAAAAGGAGUGAGAUCGACGUGUUCUGGUUACCUUAUACCGCGUACCACUUUACUUCAGCAGCGACACUGAUUCUUCGCUGUGCACUCGAGGCCGAGGAUACCGAUACUGCUCAAGAAUGUGUAGCAAGCGCAAAGAGACUGAUGGAUUUUCUGCGCAAGAUGAAAAAUGAGGUUAAUUGGGAUCUGGCAGAUAUCUGUCUUGGUCACUGCGAAGCCGUCGUUGAGAAAUUGAGCGACAGUCACUGUCUCGAGACGUGGCGCAGGAUUCCACAUGGCGGUGGACAACAACAACAACAACAACAACAACAGUUUGAAGAAGAGUGGAACAGGAAUAUACCGGCUCAGGCAAGUCAUGAGGGUCCUCCUGAACCAUUGGAUGAUGGUAUUUUCGUGCCGUUGAACCAGGACGUGAACGAAUCAGGAGCGGAGAGUGCCCAGACUCUUUUUCAGGAUCUUAUGGCCUACAAUUCUACGCCAGGGACCAUGAUUGACAAUCCCAUGUUCCCUGAUCUGUGGCAGCUGCCAUACUUGGAUGAUUUCAUUUCAGACUUUCUCUCCAUUACCGUCUUGAAAUUUAACAAAUUCAACAACAUGCAGCUCCCACAACCCUUUGCCGAUAUCCCGCGAGAAUCGUUUCUCUUCGGUCCGUCGCCCAUCCAGCACCUUCCCAACAUCACCAAAGCCCUCGGUGGACAGGUUCAUAUUUAUGCAAAGAGAGAAGACUGUAACUCUGGUCUCGCUUUUGGAGGGAAUAAAACCCGGAAAUUAGAAUACCUCGCAUCAGAUGCAUUAGCACAAGGAUGCGACACAUUGGUCAGCAUCGGCGGAUUCCAGUCCAACCAUACUCGACAAGUAGCAGCAAUUGGGACUAAAUUGGGAAUGGAAGUCGCCCUUGUCCAGGAGAAAUGGGUGCAGUGGGAAGACCCAGUGUACGACAAGGCCGGAAACAUUCAGCUGUCACGGCUAAUGGGCGCGGAUGCGCGUCUCGAUCCGUCUCCAUUCGGCAUUGAGCAUAAACAGACACUCCAAAAGCUGCAGCAGGAGAUGGUUGACAGGGGCAGGAAGCCGUAUUACAUCCCAGCGGGAGCUUCAGAUCACCCAUUAGGCGGCCUGGGUUUCGCGCGGUGGGCGUUUGAAGUCGAGCAGCAAGAAAAAGAAAUAGGAGUCUUCUUUGACACAGUCAUUGUGUGUGCAGUCACCGGUUCGACCAUGGCGGGCAUGGUAGCAGGAUUCAAGCUCGCACAAAAGAAAAAUGGCUCACGGCCACGCAAGGUCAUUGGCAUCGACGCCUCGGCGACGGUCAAACAGACCUUUGACCAAAUCCUGCGCAUCGCCCGGACCACAGGAACCAAAAUCGGUCUGAGCGAAGACGACAAUGUCACGGCGGAUGACAUCAUCCUCGACGACAGGUAUCACGCAGGCGUCUAUGGGAUCCCAGAUCAGCAGACCAUUGACGCUAUCAAGUUUGGAGCCUCGACAGAGGCCUUCAUCACCGAUCCCGUAUACGAGGGUAAGAGUCUGGCAGGGAUGAUGGACCUGGUGCGAAAAGGGGAAAUCACCGCGGGGUCCAACGUGUUGUAUGCCCAUUUGGGAGGGCAGUUAGCACUGAAUGCGUACACUGGGAUGUAA